AUGGCGAGCACACUUCCUAUGGCGGCCAUCUUCACUCGCAACAAGAUAAUCGGGUGGACGGCCGUCGUCUUCGCACUGCAAUCCUGGCUAGGGGAAUCGCCUGAACAGAAGCGGACAUCGUCGACCCCUGGAUACUUCUCAGUUGGAAUGGCUUACCCCUUCGCGGAGGCCGACGAAGACACAGGCGAGGUCAACAAGCAGUCUCAGAACUACAUCCACAUUCGCAUUCAACAGCGCAAUGGUAGAAAGACCCUGACCACUGUCCAAGGAUUACCUUCUCGCUUCGACCGUAAGAACAUGCGGAUCCUGUGCAGCUAUGUCAUACUGACGGAAGCGACUCCAGAGAAAAAGAUCCUCAAGGUUAUCAAGAAGAAGUUCGCUUGCAAUGGCACCAUUGUCACCGAUUCUGAGAUGGGCGAGGUGAUUCAGCUCCAAGGCGAUCAGCGCAAGGAUGUUCAAGAAUUCUUGACCGACAAGAAAGAGGGUCUGGAUCUCGAUGCCAAGACCAUAAAGGUCCACGGCUUCUGA